AUGUCUAUUGGUACUGUAUUUGAAAAAGCUUAUAGAGGUGAUUAUAAUCAAGUCAAAGUUAAAAUUGAUGAAGAUAAAUCAUUAAUACAUACAAAUGACUCGAAUGGCCGGCUUCUUAUUCAUUGGGCUGCAUUAGGAGGCAAUGAGAAUUUAGUUGACUUAUUAAUAAACUUAGGUUCUCCUCUCGACCCUGUUGAUGACACUAAUAGCAGUCCCAUUAUAUUAGCAGCUUCAGCUGGAAAGUAUAAUGUAGUUAAGUUGCUUAUUGAUAGGGGUGCAAAUGUCAACCAUAAAACGUAUAGAGGUCAAACACCACUUCACUAUGCAUGUUCUAAAGGACAUAAAGAGAUUGCAAAGCUGUUAAUUGACUCGGAUGCUCGAAUAAAUGAAGGUGAUGUGUUAGGCGCAACACCUUUACAUAGGGCAGCAUCACAAGGAAGAAGUAAUAUAGUGGAAAUUCUAAUAGAAGAUCCAUUAAUUAAAGUGGACACUUGUGAUUCUACAGGAUGUACACCCCUACACCUAGCUUGUGAAGAAGAUAGAGAAGCCGUGGCUUGCAUGUUAGUCAAUGCAGGUGCAAGUAUUGAUACAAAAAAUAAAGAAGAAAAGUCUCCAUCCAUUAUAAUAUAUGCUGCUUCAAGCAUGCCAGCGACAUAUUACGACUACUAUGAUGGUAGUAAAGUGUUUGUUUUCGUUUCUACUAGACUUGGUCUACCUGUAGAUCUUGUUAAUUUUUUGAUCGCACAAAUAGCUGCACUAUGCCUGGCCAGAUUAUUUCGGAAACCAUUGCGACUUGCUUCACCAGAAUUUCGUCAUUCUGUAUGCCUUGUUAUAGGUUUGCUAAUGGGAUAUUUCUGCUUUGGAAAACAAGCUGUACACCUGUCAGUUCUGCCAAUGUUAAGUUAUAUUCUGCUUAAGACGUUACCGAAUCGGAUAAUGGGAAAUGUUAUAUUGACAGUGUCAAUGUUAUACUUGUCGUGUCUCCACUUGCAUCGGCAGCUGUAUCACACGGCUGACUAUACGCUGGACAUAACAGGGCCCGUGAUGGUGAUAACGCAGCGGGUGACCUCGCUGGCGUAUCUGCUUCAGGACAACUUCGCCAGGAGCGAAGUGGGCUCAAACCACGCGAGAGGCGACGGGCCUUCAGCCAAAGUGGACAAGACACCGUCGCCAUUGGAAUAUUUCGCGUACACACUGGCCUUCCAGACACUCAUGUGCGGGCCGGUCGUGUUCUACUCUGACUACAUAAAGUUCAUAGAGGGCGCUGAAAUCGACGCGAUGAGGGAGAAGACGACAGAUUCGGAGCCGUCGCCUCGGCGGGCAGUCCUGUACAAGGUGGCGGGCUCUGUCGCCGCAGCGGUCUUGUACCUAACACUGGCCAAAAAGUAUCCCCUCACAAUUCUGGAAGAGCUGACCGAUCCCGCGUCCGAAGUGUCACGAUCGUGGUCCGCCCUGUACCUGCUUUGGUACGCGUACCUGUCCACGCUAGUGGUACGGUGCAAGUACUACCACGCAUGGCUCCUCUCGGAGGCGAUCUGCAACAACUCCGGUAUGGGCUUCAACGGGUACGACGCCGACGGUACGCCCAAAUGGGACAAAAUGUCCAACAUAGACGUAUUUGGAUUCGAGUUCGCGCAAAACUUCCGCGCGGCAGUGGCCAGUUGGAACAAGAACACGAACGCGUGGCUGCGCGGCGUCGCGUACGAGAGGGGCGGGCGGCGGGCGGGAAUCGCGCGCGUGUACGCGCUCUCCGCCAUAUGGCACGGCUUCCAUCCGGGCUACUACCUCACCUUCUUCGCCGGCGGCCUUUUCACCGUCGCCGCCAAAAAGGUGCGUGCUGUUAUUCGCCCAAUGUUUUUAGAUAGCAGACCAAAGAAAUUCUUUUAUGAUUUAUUGACUUUCAUUACGACCCGCAUUGCGAUGACUUACGCUACUGUACCUUUCGUCUUAUUGCACCUUGCGCCAAAUCUUGCGUUUUAUGGGAAGUUUUAUUAUUCCCUUCACUUUAUAGCGUUGGGUGCAUUACUUUUGCCAAGCAAAAGAAAAAGUUUAUCAAACGGCACAUCAACCAAUGAACUUUCACAAGCAUCUUCCAAAGGGAAAUUUAAA